AAAAAAAAACCUUCUAAUAAAGUUAGAAAGGGACCUUAGCGGAGAGUUUUUCUUUUGCCAUAGAUGUACGCAGUUACAUCGAUAUUCGCAGUCUUGGGCACCCGGCCUUAUAAUGCAGAGCCGCCUGGGACCACCAUGUAGGUCUAGGAUCAUAGGCUUGGGGGGUCUGUACAUAGGUUUCCACCACGCUCGCCUUGUUAUGAACGCGCAUUUGUUUGGCCCUGGGCGAGGGCUCAACCUUGAAAAGCUCCAAUUCAACUCGUUACGACUUGAAAACAGCUGGGUAACUAGUUCCGCCGCUCGAAUCAUCGACGGUCAACUGUUCCUGCGUCUCACGCACCAGCUUGUAUUAAAACAGCUUAAAAGUGACAAUUACCACCCCUUCCGACAACUGCGGCAUAACCAUUACAUGAUGAAGUGUCCGGCUCUUGUGAAACUUGCCUGUCAGAUUUUGCUGGAAUUGUCAAAUUGUACAAGUGUGACAAUGGGCAAGAGCGUCAGACUGGGAAUGGGCCACGUUUUCCCCACGAGUUUCACCACGACCAUUACCAGGAUUUGUACGUUUACAUUUCCUGGCCAAUGACCAUCCCAUCGGCGCGGUCAAGAAGCGGUGGGAUAUGGCUGGUUCCUGUAGGGCUGGUAAAAUAGCAUACUUAUAGCUCAGGUUGCCUGCUUCUUAUGCUAGGGAUAUGUGGGGAUACGGAUGUUAUGGAAUUAUUUUUAUUAUGAUUGUUGUUGUUUCUAUUGGGAGGGGACGGGAGGCUAGCUGUUAUUUUAGUUCAAAC